AUGUUGGUGAUGACAGGUGCUAGAAAGGUGCAGAUCAUGUGCUGCAUUGGUGCAGAAAGCAUGCCUGUCAUGUCUCAUAAAGGUGCAGGAAUCGUGCCCUUCAUGUGUUGGUUAAGUGCUGGGCAGGUGCAGAUCAUGUGCUGCAUGGGUGCUGAUCCCGAGAUGUGGUUCGCGCAAGUCGAAAACCAGUUCGCGAUUGCAGGAAUAACCGCAGACACCACGGGCAAAUAUGAGAAACUGAGAACGGAGCUGGUCAAGAGGCUAAGUGCUUCGCAAGCGAGGAAAACCAAGCAGCUGCUGGAGACCGAAGAGAUGGGCGAUCGGCGUCCAUCCCAGUUCCUCCGACACCUCCGCGGCCUGGCGGGGACAGCUAUCCCAGAUGACCUCCUGCGAUCCUUAUGGCUGGGUCGGCUCCCAUCGCCUACCCAAGCGAUUCUGGCCACGCAGACUAAAGCAUCAUUGGAUGCGUUGGUCGACCUGGCCGAUGCCAUUGCAGAUACCAACCCCCAGCCGCAGGCGGCUGCAGUGUCCUCCCUGGAGGCGAUGGUGGACAAGAUGGCGGCCCUGAUGUCCGCGAAGAUCGGGGAAAUGGCCGCGAUAUUGCGGCAAGAGAUCGCAGCAGUUGCCACCAGCAGUGCGCAGCGCAGGAGUCGCUCGGACAGCUCGCCGCCCGCGGGAUACCGCUCCCGCUCCCACAGUAAGGGCCCGCCAGGAGCCUGCUGGUACCAUCGCCGUUUCGGGGACGCAGCCCACUGGUGCACCACGCCCUGUACGUACCAGACGGGAAACGACAAGGGGACGCGUUGA